AUGACUCCUGACUACCAUGUUUUGAGCCAAAUGUCAAACUUAAGUCUCGAAAUACCAUUCCAUGGCUCUACAUUCUACAACUUAGCUAUCUGGCCUUUUACUCAGUCAUAUGGAAGACCAGCUCGUAAUGUACAAUUAGAUGCAAGCUUUGUACCAUAUGAUGAUGAUAUAUUACCUGAUGAUUCUGUGAAAACUUUAGUCAGCCGACUCUACUUCCAUAUAUUUUGGACAGACUGUGUAGUGGUUCUUGAUCCAUUAAAUGGAGAUUCAAAAAGUAUGUUACAGUGGAACCAGUUCUUGUCUCGCCUCCGUACAUUACUUCUACAAGCUUUUACUAGACACUUACAGAAGUAUGAAGAUAACAUGAGGGCACUGAGAGAGGAGAGAAAUAAAGUUGGUUGGAAUUUCCAGGAAUAUUUCAUUGUUCAGGAAGAGUUAGCAUUCAUGAAGUUUGGGAUGAUGUUAGGGAAACUAUUUGUCCCAAAUAAUGACCUACUAACUAUAGAAUAUAUUCUAACUAUUCUAGGUUUACGAGAUAUAGAAGUUGAUUAUAGAACUAACAAGACUGUAACGUCAGACCUUCAUCGGCUUGUCUUGCAGCAACUAACUACUAAGAAAUCUAUACAGCUUGAGUCUGUACCCUGGUUGGCAAGCCUUACAGAGCCGUGUACAGUAUGGGCGGGGCUUUCUCUGUAUAAACCAAUCACCUGGGACAAGCGUGACCUGAUUAAGGAUAAUAAAGUGACGUUACUUGAAUUCAGAAACUAUCUUUUCUCGAGACAGUGUGCGAUCCUCCUACUCCUUAAUCGUCCAGGGGAGAUAAUUCAGCGGGGCAUUGACUAUCUACAUGAAACUGUACAAGAAAUGAAGACUUUAGAUAUAGAAAUAAAGGAAGGUGGCAUGGAUUGCUGGGUAUACCUGAGUGGUUUAGAGAUCUUACAGAAAUGUGAGAAAAUGACUGACACAAUUAACCCCAGAGCCCAGGCUUUGAACACUGCAUACCUCUGGGAUUAUGUCUGUAGAAAGUUGAACAAGCUAGGAGAGUUAUGUGGACUAAUGCCUGGAGAUAGUAAUUCCCCGAGCUCUGACCAGCUGUCUCUUGUUGUUGAUCUUACCUCGGGUAUGGGCCUGGAAAUACAGUCAGACGAUGAUGAUGAAGAAAGUACAAAGAGUUCUCCUAGGGAUAAGCUAAGGGAGGCAUUAUCAUCCAGAGAAUCCUUCCAGAGGAUUUACUUGGAGCAAUCUGAGCUGGCUAUGGGAACAUUUAAAUACAUUGGUAGAUUCAGGUCGGCACGAAUGAUUGGUAAAAAUCUGGCUGAUUUCUAUAUGAAGUUAGGAGAGCCCCAGAAAGCAGAGAACUUUCUAAUGGAUGCUAUGACGAGCUAUCAUCAGGAAGGCUGGGAGAAGUUACGAGAUGAAGCGAGGCUAGAACUGGCACAGUGCCAAUAUCAGGUUGCGGAUCAUUACAAGUAUGUGAAAACAGCAUGUCAGGUGGCCAGUAGCACAUCACUACAAAUGGAAGAUAGGACAUUCCAUAUGGCUGAAGUGCUUAAAAUAGCUAAUUCAACAGGAACUCAGAUAGUUUUAAAGGCAUCCCCGCUUCUUAAAAUAGAAAUAACAGACAUCAGCACAUCUAAAGUUACUGUUGAGGAACCUUUCAAUAUCACCAUGGAGAUUGACAACACUGGACCAUGUGACAUAUCAUGUGAUUCAAUAUGGCUGACUUUGACAGACUGUGCCUCUGAUUUAAUCAUGGGUACUGAUAAAAGACUUGAAACUUUGAAAACACCUGUAACCAGACAAACAAGUAAUUCCAGUCUAGAUAACAGACAUGUGAUGAACCUAAAACGUAUGAAGAAACAAGCUCCAUCUGCUAUUGAUUUAUGUUUGCACUAUGAAGGAAGUCCAAGUGAACCGGUUACAACCGGUAUAGCAUGCGUUAACUCGCAUGAAGUGCUCAAACGAAAUGACAGUUCUGGUGGUAUGCUUAAAAAGGUGGAUGAAAAAGUGACAAAAGAUACUUAUAAUCAAAGUGUAUGUUUGAAGAAUGUGAUACUUAAGCCUGGUAAAAAUAUGGUGGAAAUAAUCUGCGAGGGUGUUACAUCUGGUAAUUACAAACCAGGUCAGGCAGGUUUCAAGGUCAAACAAUUAGAGUUAAUCAAGGACAUGGACUCUGACCUUUCUGUUAUGGUAACCUGUGAUGAAACUUUUUGUGAAAUAUUUCCAGAAACCCUAAUGGCAGGUACUAUUCAGGAAGUGACAGUUUGUUUACAUGCUGGAAAUGUACCAAUUGACCCUGGAAGCAGGGUUAAGGUCAUGCCCUCAGAUGACCUUUCCAUAGAAACAUGCUACCCUAACAACACUGUGAUACAGGAAGAGGAGGUUGCUAGGGGCAACACAACUGAAUGGAAAAUGAAGAUUUUACAAGAACCAGAUGUCACCGGUGGCAAAACGAUUGAAAAUAAAAUAGCAUUUGACUGUUCCUGGUUACCCAGACCUCUUUUGACAACUUUAACAUUACAGAACCCUUUUAAUUUAACACAUAAACUGCAUACAGCAAGGGAAAUGAAAUAUAUACAGGUGAUGGUACAUGGACAAUGUGAGACACAGUUUGUGUUGAAGGAUUGGUCCCUGGCUGCAGAUACUUGUAAAGAUGUUGAUCUUGUUGGCAUGAACAAACCUGGAUCCCAGCUCAAGGUGAAUAUUGAUCAGAGCAGCUCAUUUAUGUGGCAGUUGAAAUCAAACAUUGCACAGUUACCUCCCUUGGACCUAACAUUCACUUCUCAUUAUUGUUGUAUAACACAAGAUGGUGAAGAACUACGACAAUUCCAGUACCAGUUCUCCUUGCCGGAAUUUCAUACAUUGUAUACUGUCAAGGCAGAAGUGACUCCAAAUGGGGAGAACAAAGUUUGUAAGACUGGUACCCUGUCAACAUUAAAAAUCCAUGUCCUUGAAAUGCCUGUGAGCAAGCCUUUGUCAGAUCAUGAUUUGAUGUACGAGGUCAUAGGUCAGUCGAACUGGAAUAUGCAUGGAAUAUCUACAGGUGUGUUUACUGUUACUGGAGGUAGCUACAAUACUAGCUUACAAGUGAUGCCACUUGUUUCUGGGUUCAUUCCAUUACCAAAGAUUAAACUAUACAAGUAUAAUGGUGCUAAAACCACCGAUGUAUGGGAGAAGGACAAUUCGAGUAAAGACGAGGUUUUAGACAGUACAGAUGAUGAGAGUUCAGACAGUGAUCAGGUCACCGACCGUAUAGACUUCAAUAAAGGUCAGGUGUACUAUAGCAGUCUGGGAAAACAAGUACAUGUGUACCCGGAAGAGGUCAGAGGCGAGGUGGAAGUUACAAUUGUGUGAGAUGACAGCAUGUUGAUAUGAGCGUCAAUGACUAGUAGACUGAUGGAGGACUUAAAAGUAAUGCAUUGCAGCUUAAAAAGGUCACAUUCAAAGUUAUGUACCCAGCAGCUUAAAAGGCAAUUCUGAAAAGAAUACAAAGUAACUUUGAAAUAGGCUAUAUUUAUCAUUGUGUUUUGAUCAUUGUGAUCAUUUACAAUUUGUAGACUGAAAUUCAAUGUAUUUAAUUUCAUAAAAUUUUAUGUUUUGCUUAGAACAACAUUCCUUACUGUUUAAACAUUGCCUCAACUUCUUUUAUAGAUAUUGGUGACCUUAAUAAAAAUAGUUUUGAAUUUUUACUUACCAGAUUUGUGCAUUGUGAAUGACAUGAUUACUUUAAUAAACUUUUUGCGAGGUCAUUAUCAGUAAAUAAGCUGUAAUGUAUAUAAAAGAUAGAUUUAUCUAAUCAAAUUUAUCUCUUAUAAUUUGAAUGGGAGGUGAUAUAUAGUGUAAAAUAACAUAAUUUUGUAUUUUUGUAAAUGUUCAGAAGACAGUUGGGCUUUAAAAGAAAGUUAAGGGAAUAUGAAAUGAAGAUUUAUUUUGCUUGUAUUUUGAACUAAUAGUAUGUGCAAUAAAGUUGUGUUUAAAUCUGUGAUGUUAUAAUAUAAAUUAUGUUAAAUGAUAUAUCGUUAAUGAUUAAAAACUAUGGAACAUUA